AUGAUGCCGGCUGUCGCGCCCCAACCAGCGGCCGGCGCUCCGGCGCCCAUGUCUGGGCACCCGAUCUCGCCGCCGCAGGCACCUGGUGCGCAACAGCUACUACCAGGCCCCCCUCCUCCUGAGUUUGGCGAACUGACGCCCGAUGCCCGGAAAGCUAAGCGCGAGUUGUCGCAAUCAAAGCGCGCCGCCCAGAACAGAGCUGCACAGAGCUGUGCUGCCCGGCUGCAGAGGGCUUUCAGGCAACGCAAGGAAGGCUACAUCAAGAAGCUUGAGCAGCAGGUUAGGGACUAUACGGAAAUGGACAACAGUCUCAAGACGCUCCAAUCGGAGAAUUACCACCUGAGGGAAUACGUCAUGCAACUGCAGACGCGGCUCCUGAACACCCAAGGGGAGUACCCCCAACCCCCGCCGGGACUCAGUCUCGGGCACCCCCACGGCGGCGCACCCGCAAUGCAAUCCCCUGGCCCGCUACCUGCGCCCCAGAUGACGGCACCACCCGCGUGCCAGGAGCCUGUGGCCCCCGUUCCCGGUGCGGGCACUCCAUUGGAGCAGGUCGCCCAGGCCGUCGCGAACCUCGGUCGAGCCGAACACAACACCGCAGAUUCCUCGGCAACAUCCCCAUUCGUCGAUAAGGCAUUCAAGCCUAUUCCAAUGGACGAGGAUGCGCGCACCGCCGAUGAAAUAACACGCCAGUUGCACGACGGGCUGCCUGCUACGGAUAUGUAG